UCUACGUUCUCGAUUUCCGUUCCGUUGCUCUUCCGCCGUGCCAGCAACCACGUGUAUCAAUUAAAAUAAUAAUUAAUCAAUCUAUUAAUUCAAUCAAUCAAUUUUAAUAAUUAAACAAUCGUUAUUUUUUUUACUUAUUAAGUAUCAAUGAAGGAAAUAUAAAUAAUGAAGUAUCAAAGCUUGGUAUUGAUAGUUAGUGUGGCGUGGUGCUCGGCUCAGCUCACGGAUGACAUGCAGAUGUUUGAGCCGGAGUGCAUGACGGAGGACAAGUUCCCCUGCAUGGGAGGAGGGUGUAUCUCGGUGUCUCAGUACUGUGACGGGAACCUGGACUGUGAAGAUGGUAGCGACGAAAAUUUUUGCAUCGAACACAAGCCGUUCCAAGAGUUCUGCAACGAGACCCACCAGUACAUGUGCCAGGACUCCACGAAGUGUGUUCCUCUGUCCUGGCUGUGCAACAACGAGCCGGACUGUGAUGACGGCAGCGAUGAGUUCAACUGCACCGCGCUGCCGGCUGUCAAUGUUAAUUCGACAUGCAAAGGCUUCCAAUGUGGAGACGGCAAGUGUAUCUCCUUCCUGUGGGUCUGCGACGGCGUGUACGACUGCGAAGAUAAAAGCGAUGAGUAUGCUGAGGAGCUCUGCAGACACGUGUCCCGUCCCCACGCAAUCGUCGACGGCUCGUACUGCCAGGAGCUGCAUACGAUGGAUGACCGGAACUACAAAUGUCUUGACGCCUCCUUCUGCCUGCCAAGCAGUAUGAUGUGCGAUGGACUGCAGGACUGCCGCGAUGGCAGCGAUGAGGGACCCUUUUGCAAGGACUGGAACACAAUGUGCGACAACUUCAAAUGCAUGGGUAACGACACGCGAUGCUCCCCGGAGAGGUACGGGCCCACCUGCCUGUGCCUGCCCUCCCACUUCAUGCGCCAGUACGACUACAUCACCAAGCAAUGCCAGGACGUCAACGAGUGCCUGAUGGAACGUCCACCGUGCUCCCAUAAAUGUAUCAACGCUGAUGGUCACUAUAUUUGCGAAUGUGAUCCUGGGUACAAGAGGGAUGUGUAUGGAUACCUUUGUUAUGCUACUGGUCCCGAAGCGAUGCUGUUCUUCAAUACUCGGAACGAUAUCAGAUACCUGAAAAUCAAGAGUAAAGAAAUGGUCACAGUGGCUACCGAUAUCAUAGAGGGUCACGGCGUAUCAUUCGAUGGCACUUACAUUUACUGGGUGGAGACUGCACAGGGACAUCAGUCUAUCUUCAAAGCGCAGCUCGGAGACGUCAAGGAUACAAAGGAGGUGCUGGUAGGUCUCGGUCUGGAGGACCCUGGUGACAUAGCAGUGGACUACCUGGGCGGGAACAUAUACUUCAGUGAUGCGGAGCGAGGGACCAUCUCCGCCUGCAGGGUCGACGGCUCCAUCUGCACCACCAUCAAGACCUAUGCUAAAAACCCACGAUUCGUCACACUUGAUCCUAAGAAUGGUAAGAUGUACUGGGCAGACUGGCACGAGCGGCCGGUGAUAAUGUCAGCUCGCAUGGACGGCAGCCACCACGACACGCUGGUGGACACCUUGGAGAACUUCGCCACCGGCCUGGCAGUGGACGCGCCCAACGGGAGACUCUACUUCGUCGACAAAACUGUUAAAGUCGUCAUGAUUGCAGAGAAGCAUGUUUAUUCGUUAUUCGAAGAGCCGUUCCACCACCCGUACUCCAUCUCCGUGUUCGAGAACACGGUGUUCUGGAGCGACUGGACCUCCAACAGCAUACAGACGACUGACAAAGUGCACGGGACCGCGCAGAAGAGGAACGUUCUACUCAAACUUGAUACACCUGUACUAGGGAUGCACAUGUACCACCCGGUGCUGAUGAACACGACAUCGAACCCGUGCAGCAACAACAACUGCUCGCACCUCUGCUUCGUCACCUCCAACGCCACGCACGUCUGCGCCUGCCCCGACGGCAUGGAGAUCGAGAAUAAUCAGUGUCAUCAUGUAGGGAACUACCGUGCCAAGUACCUGGUGGUGGGCAGCGGGCAGCUGUUCACGAAGAUCCAGUACAACGCGCUCGGCAACCCGGAGUGUCACGCCACGCACUUCGACAUCGGACGCGUGCAGGCCAUGGCCUAUGAUCGGUAUAGAGAUUCACUAUUCAUAUACGACGGCCAGCGGCGGACCAUCAACUACAUCAACAUGAGUGACUUCACGCUCGGCGUCACGCACUUGUUGAUCUACAACGGGCUGGAGAACGUCGUCGACAUGGAUUAUGAUUACGUGACAGAUAACCUGUACGUACUGGACGCGAGUCGUCGUGUGGUGGAAGCUGUAUCUCUGAGGACUCAGAAGCGCGCCAUAGUGCAUCGGUUCGACAUUCAAGAACUGCCUAUUAGCUUCUGUAUUCUUUCCGACUACGGGAGAAUGUUGGUGGCUGUGGUGGAGAGUGAGAUGCACAAUACCAUACACAUUGACAGCAUCGGGCUCGACGGGAACCAGCGGAGACACGUCCUCAUGAACAAUUUGAAAGGUCCCCACAUUAGAUUGCGGUACGUGCCAGAAACGGAACAGGUAUUUAUAUCCGACGAGAGCAACGGCAUCAUCGACUUCAUACAUCCUGAAGGCACCGGGCGAGAGAACUAUCGGGAGCUCACCUCGACGGUGACCAGCCUCGCAAUAGCAGACAACUACGUCUUCUGGACAGACCGAAAGACCCCCAGGCUGUUCUGGUCUGACAUACACGAGGCCUCACCGAAGAUAAGGAGGAUGGAUCUGGCACUUUUCCCAAACACCACCCAGCUCCUAAUCCAAGCCACAAACUCGCUACCUGACCCAAAAGACCCUCUUCUGAACCAUCCCUGUCUAAAGAACCCUUGUUCUGACGUCUGCGUCCAACUUCCCCAUGAGACUCCACAAGAUCACCCGAAACUGGCCAACUUCGAGAUGAAGUACAAGUGUUUGUGCCCCCCUGGAUUACUGGUUAACGGUAACCAGUGCGCCAAACCUGCGGCGUGUGGUUCGGAUGAGAUACUGUGCCAUAGGAGCAAUGUUUGUGUGAAGCAAGAUGCCCGGUGUGAUGGAAAGACGGACUGUCCUAAGAGUGAGGACGAGGAAGGUUGUAUAGUGGAUCCGGCAAACAUAUGUACAUCAGAUGAGAUAUUCUGUCGCGGCUUGUGCAUAAAUAAGGAGAAGGCCUCGAUGUGCUCUACUGGUGAAAAACCUAAUAAAGCGCUACCUUCGAACAACUGCAGCAGCACAGAAUUCCAAUGCACGGACACCUCUAUCUGCAUCUCUCGGUUGCAAGUCUGCGACCAACACGUCGACUGCCCCAAUGGAUCGGAUGAACAUCUCUCAGAGUGUGACACCUACGCUUGUCACGAAACUGAGUUCAUGUGUGCGUCCGGCUCGUGUAUAUUCAAAACGUGGACAUGUGAUGGAGACCGCGACUGUAACGAUGGAUCUGAUGAAAUCAACUGCGUGAACAUGACCUGCGGCCCUGGUUUCUACCAGUGCAGAGACAGGGAGUGCGUAGAGCUAUCGAAGAGGUGUGAUGGACGCCGGGACUGUUCGGAUUACUCCGACGAAGAAGACUGUGAUGAGGCUCAAGUUAUCGAGAAAGUAGAAGAAGCCCCAAAAUGUGCUGCGUGGGAGUAUACUUGUGAAAAAAAUACUAGCAUUUGUUUGCCUGAAACUGCUCGGUGCAACAUGAAGACAGACUGCCCAGGUGGCACGGAUGAGCACGGCUGCGACCUGCGCUGUGCCCCAAAAGGAAUGUUUGCGUGUGGGCAACAGGUUACGUGUAUAACCUUGAACAAGGUCUGCAACGGCCGUCUGGACUGUGAUGAUGGAUCCGACGAGACGCCUGAUGCUUGUUCUCGGGUGAACAGGACCUCCCACUUAUUCCCAGUAUCCCGUACAUUCAGCGACUGUACGGAGGGUUACAAGUGUAACAAUGGUCAGUGCAUUGAAUGGUCACAGGUGUGUGACAAGAAGAGGGACUGUGUCGACGGUACAGAUGAAAACGGACUCUGUGAUACUGCAUGUGCAAACAGCACAUGUACGUUCAUGUGCCAGCCGACUCCAUUCGGACGGCGCUGUCUCUGCCCCUUCGGCUUCCAAGUGUCCCAGGAUCAGUUCUCGUGCGAGGACAUCGACGAGUGCACUGAAGACGUCUGCUCCCAAGGUUGUAUCAACGUGCCAGGAUCCUUCCUGUGCUGGUGCCAUCAUGGUUAUGCCAUCAGGAGGUCAGACCGUCGCUCCUGCAAGGCGAUCCGCGGCAACAUGUCCAUCCUCUACGUGUCGGGUAACUCCGUGCGGUCCAUCUCAGCGGACGGGUACGGCGCUAUAGAGUACACCGAUACUGACGCCUCGGCCAUCACUGAUAUGGAUUAUAAUGUCAGGCAGAAGAAGCUAUACGUGGCGUCGGAAGAGGGCAGCAAGUUAUUAGAAGUGAAUGAGACGCAGAAUGUGAUCGCAGUCACGAACGUUGGGAAACCAUCGCGGGUGGCGGUGGACUGGGUGACAGGCAACGUGUACUUCGUGGACACGACUCCGUACGACCAGCGCAUACGAGUCUGCCAUGUCAAGAGGAAGCGCUGCGCCUCCCUGCUGAAACUGCCGUCUGAUGCCACGGUCACAGCGUUGAUAGUAGAGCCUAGUUCGAGCCGAAUGUUCUACUGCGUCACUCGGAAGCUGGAGUCAGUGAUCUGGACAGCAAACCUGGCGGGCAGACACGUGACUGACCUGGCUACUGUACGGAACUGCACCGGUUUGGCCGCAGACUCUUUCAAGAAGAAGUUGUAUGUGGCAGAGACGGGCCCAGCGCAUAUCAUUAGGAUGGAUUAUGAAGGGGAGAAUUUCAACAAGAUCCUCUCAGAUCACCCACGUCUUCAAGCGCCACAUGGACUAGUAAUCUUCGAAGACUACAUUUACUACUUGGAAGCCAACUCCUUCCGCCUCAGCCGCUGCCAGCUAUAUGGAGCCAAGCAUUGUGAAACAUACGUGUAUCGCGUGUUUGACGCCAACACCUUUGUCAUUCGCCACGAGAGCAUCCAACGUGAUGACAUAGUCAAUGAGUGUGAAGAUGUGGUCUGUGACAAUAUUUGCGCCGUGGACGAGGAUGGGCCCAAAUGUCUGUGUGAUGACGGAGCUUUGGCGAAGCGUGGGAAGUGUCCUGAGGUUGAUAAGAAACUGGUACCAUUAUUCAACGGCUGGUCGUACGAGGAACUGAAAUCAGCUCACAGCGUCUCCUUCACCAUCAUCGUUGGAGUGCUGAGCCUAAUCGCUAUAUACCUUGGCGUGUUCGUGUAUUACCACUUCGUAUACCUACCCAGGAAGAGAAUGUUAGCUGCCACUUACACUGAAGUGCGGUUCCAGAACACAAAUAGUUCGCCCUAUCCCGAAUCAGACCCGACAGUGGAGAUGCAUCCCUCAAGUUCCGUUUCACACGAGUUCAUAAACCCUCUUCAGUUCGUAAGAAACAUGUGGUAUGGGCCCUUUAGGAAAGAUAGACGACCAAAUGUCAUCUCCGGUCUACCAGUCACCACGCCCGCAUCCCCGCCGCAACCAGAUUUCUCCGACACAGAAUCCGACUUAGACGAUAAAGAGAGUCAGAGAAUUUUAAAAUAUAAUUAAUUUUAUUCAAUGAGCCUACAAAAUAAUUUAAUUUUUAAUCUGUAGCACGUUUAUUUUUAUUCACUUGAUUAAUGAUCAAGCUUAGAAUUAUUUUGUAAUUAUUAUUUUUAUUGCUUUAUUUUUUAUGUUUUAAUAAUUUAAUUAUUAUGAUUGUGUGUAAUUGAAUUAUGUGUUUUAUAUUAUGUUAGUAUAAAAUGUACAAAGUUUAAUUUAUUGAAAUUAAAAUUAAUGUAAUUUUUCAUAGUCCAAUCAUUUGGUAUAGGUGAUUAUACAUUUUGAUAAUAUUAUUCACCUCAUCAGUAGCCUGUGUGGCAGUUCAUUGCUGAACCAUGACUGUUAGCCACGGUCUCUUUUCGAAACUCAUCUUUAUUCAUUCAUAUCCUGGCCAGUUCGGUCAGAAACCACAAAAUCCACACUACCUUGAUGUGGAUGAGCUUUUUAACCUCUCUUUUUCAUACAAAAUGACUGGACUAUGAAUACUGAAAUAAUUAAAAUUGUAUUGUUAUUUAUGAAUUAUUUAUUCGAUUUGCAGAGUUAUAGAUAAUACAAAUCAAUAAAUUAGUGUGCCAUCGAGUAAGUAAUUAAUACUUAUUCCAAUAAAAGUAUCACGUGGAA